AUGGGAGUCACGCCCGACUGUCCUGAGAAUACCUAUUUCGAGAACGGCGAGUGUGUUUCGAGCAACGACCCCAAGUGCGAUGCCAACUUCGUCUUUAAUGGCAAGAGCUGUGUUGCUGUCAAGGAGCCUACCUGUACCGAGGGUCACGUCUACAACGCCGUCACCGGGGAGUGUUUCGCCAAAGCUGUACCGGAGUGCCAGGAGGACGAGGUUCUCGAGGACGGACGCUGCAAGUUGGUGACUGCGCCGUGCGUCGAGUACAAGUUUUGCUUGGCUGGUGCACAAGGGCUCAUUUCUGGGUCUGGUGGCCCGCGCAAACCAGCUGGCGACUCCAAAGACAAAUCUCAGGCGCCUUUGACCGGGAAGCCUUCAUCCAGCGAAGAUGUCAAGAAGGGAGCACCAGACGGUAUGCAGGCCAGCAUCCCUGUUGACGACCCAAUCACCAAUAACGAAACAGCCAAACGCGACACGCAGGCCGGCAAAGACAGCACCAAUCUGGCAGACAAAGAACAGCCAGACAUCUCUACAUCACCAGGUGCAGAAACAAACUCCGGGAACAUGGGCACAGUUCCGGACCCGAAUGUUCAAGUACCCGAUCCUGCCACGAUAGCCAAGGGCGGAUCUGGCGGACUUGAGAACGGCGCCGGAGCGGACGGGUCCACAGAGCCUCAGUAUCCCCCAAGUGGCGAGGGCAAGGCUAGCUAUACUGGUCAUGGAUCUGGUUCAGGGGCAUCUGGCACAGCUCAAGACGGUGCUGGACGUGAGAAGGGUGGCAAAUGGGUCGAGUAUGAAGAAGAGAUCCCUGAUCGAAGAAAGCUCCGAAAGUGGAUUGCGGACGACGAUGCUGAUGCUCAUGGAGGCAUUCCAUCAGGCCAAGGCGGCACUGGUGGUCUGCCUUCUGGUGGUCAAUGGAAGCUUGAUGUCGACAUGGGAGGUCUUCCAGAUGGCCUGGGAGGCAACUUUCGAGCCGGCGGCGGUCAGGCGCAGCCAGAUAGCCAACAAGUCCCAGCGGGAGGUGCCAGCCAGGGCUCACAGCUGUGGGGGCCCAGCAAAAUGAAAGGCGCCUUUGCGGAAUGGCAGAAAUCUGCAGAGGGCAUCCAGAAGCCAGCGGCAGAUGUUGCGGGUGAUUCUCAACUGGGGAGUGGCGGAACCGGACAGAUUCCAUCUGGAGGAAGUUGGCAAUAUAAAGGCGGUAGUGCUGGAGCUGGAUCAUACGGCACCUGGAAGCCAACAGGAGAUGCCUCUAGCGAGUCUUACUACUCGAGGCUAAACAAAGGAAACUACGGUUCUUACCAAGGUGGAGGUAGAGUAGAGACAGGUUCUGGAGGCGGGCCGGCUGUAGAUGCCUCUGGCGAGUCUUACUACUCGAGGCUGAAGAAAGGAGGUUACGGUUCAUGGCAAGGUGGAGGUGGAGCAGAGGCAGGUUCUGGAGGCACCCAAAGGCCGACUGGAGAUGCCUCUGGCGAGACUUAUUAUUCAAGGUUGAAGAAGGGAAGUUACGGGUCUUACAAAGGAUGA